AUGUCGAGCUCCAUGGAGCCACGUCCUCUGGCGUCGGCCUUUGAGAGCCCGACCUUCGAGGAGGACAGCUCCUUUCAUGUGGAGCAGCCCGUUGGGUCCAUGUCCAUCUCACCAUGCGGCCGAGAUGUGGUGCUGGCUUCCAAGGAGGGCCUUCAUGUCAUUGACCUGGACUCGCCAUACUCGCCGCCGCGCUACCUGCCUCAUCAUACCCCGUGGGAAGUGGCCGAUGUCCAGUGGUCACCGUUCGCCUCGCGCGACUACUGGGUAGUCAGCACGUCCAACCAGAAGGCUUUAGUCUGGAACUUGGCCAUGAAGACCUGGCAGAACUCAAUCGAGCAUGUGCUCCAUGCGCACUCCCGAGCCAUCACCGACAUCAAUUUCUCCGCGUUUCACCCGGACAUCCUCGCGACGUGUGCGGUCGACAGCUUCAUUCACUGCUGGGACCUGCGCACUCCGUCGCGACCAGCGAUUUCAUUUUCGGAUUGGUUCACCGGCGCGACGCAGGUCAAAUGGAACCGACAAGACCCUCAUGUCAUUGCCAGCUCCCACGACCGGUUUCUUCGCAUUUGGGAUGAUCGCAUGGGUGCAUAUCCGAUAUGGUCCAUCGAAGCGCACAGCACCAAGAUCUAUGGCGUGGAUUGGAAUCGUGUCCGACGGGGCGCGAUAGUGACCUGCUCCCUGGACAAAACCGUCAAGUUCUGGGACUAUACCUCCGAACGAGAAACACCCGAAAAGCUCAUUCGAACCCCGUUUCCAGUAUGGCGAGCCAGGAAUACUCCCUUUGGAUGGGGCGUGCUGGCGAUGCCGCAACGGGGCAACAAUGACCUUCAUCUGUACAGUCGACGAGCUGGCGAGGGUACCAACCCAGACGAUGACCUGCCUCUGGUGCAUAGCUUCCCCGGGCACAAGGGCCAAGUGAAGGAAUUCCUGUGGAGACCCCGCGGAGGUGUGGCAGACGGAAUUGACCAUCGAGAAUUUCAGCUCGUGACCUGGGGAGCUGACCGAGAGCUUCGACUGCACCACGUGGACCCAGAUAUACUGCAACGCGUUGGCUACGAGAAGGGUAAAUCCUUUAUAUCUACACGAAACGUGACCCGCUUAGGCGCGGUAUACCGAAGUUUCCGUGAUGUGAACUCAGACCUGGACAUUGAAGACCUCGAAUCGGCCUCAUCCAUCGCUCCGCACGCCUCAAAUUCGCACCAUGGAGGCGUUGGAACCGGGAUGAAUGCGAUAUCCGUCCCCUUCUCGCGCGGUUGGACACGUGGAGGUCAUGUCGACAACAGAGUCGGCAUGCAGCCACGCUCGAACCUGAGGGCCGACACCAACCCGAUUGCCUGGAUGCGAGGUGUGAAGAUAUCAGGUUGGGAUAUUGAGACACUGGGUGACGAAAUCAGCCAUGUCGGCGAAAAAUUCACCAAGGUGGUUUUUGAUUCGGUCGAUGUACGCCAACGAAAGACCACUAUAUCCCUGAAUGGACCCUGGGGCGCCGAGGGCGCUUCCCUCUUCCUCAAAGUGGAUAUCAAAUUCCCUGUCAGCUACCCCAAGAGCGCCACGCCGACUUUCAACAUCCAGAAAACCGCAGCGGUGACUGAUGAACUAGCCGGAAAACUUUCCGCAGAGUUGCGAACCAUUGCUGAAACCUACAUGUCUCGUAUGCGGGGAUGCCUCGAAGGUGCAGUUCGCUACCUUUUGGGUGAAAGCAGCCUUGAAGAAAGUAUCGCGUGGAUUCUUGGCGAGACUGGGGAGAAUGUCAAGUCUCUAAUGAACGGCGAAUUGGAAGGCGAAUCCAGUGACGAGGACGAAGUGGGCAUGACACAGAGCCAGGAGCUGGGUAUGAGUACUGAACUACUGCGGCCAGUCAAUGCGAACGUCAUGGUGCCGGUAGCCAAGGCGUGCGGUGCGCUGUGGGCGAACGACGGUCGCCUCGUCUGCUUUUUCCCACCCAAGAAAGACAAAUCAAUGGCCAUGUUUGAGAACCUGGGAUUCAAAGAGAUGACCCGCCUGUCUAGAACAGGCAAGGUCUUUGAAGGCUUUGGUCGCCUCCAAACAGCCUCCCUGGCCCACGCGGAUCCAUUACCAUUGCCAGCACGGACGAUGAUGGCGCCUCUGAUUAUUCCGACGAGUCAGAGAGGCGCUGGGACCGUUAAGUCGGCCGAAGCGCCCAAGAACGUCGUCUCCAUUCAUGACUUGAGCGAUGUGUUACCUGUGAAGCGGGAGCUGGCAAGCAAAUACCGCAUCACUGGCAAAGGAACUGAUGUCUGUGCCCACAACGCCGCCGUCGCUCUGGACAGUGGUUCCUACGAGCUGGCCCAAAUCUGGGGGCUCAUCAAGCUCAUAUUACAUGUGCGAAAGAACCCCGGCACACCCGGCACACCCUUGGAAUCAGGGCUGGGAGUGCGGCGUAUGCUGCAGCAGAGGAAAGACGAGCUUGCUUCAGGCCUUUACAAAGGCAUCGCUAAUAGCGUGAUCCGAUGGGGGGAUCAUCCGCUCGGUAGCCAUUGGCUAGUGCCCGCUCUGUUCGAGCAUUUUGAGCGCAUCGGUGAUGUCCAAAUGCUAGCCAUGCUCUCAUGUGUGCUUCUCGAGGCCAACCCAGAGAGCAGAGCGAUAGAUGAACCGGAUAAAUCCCCAUUGAGGCGCUCGAGACAACAUUCUACUUUCUCCCUUCAGUUUUCGUCUAAUGGGUCUACUGCGCAAAACAAGUCACUGGCCCCUACACCGUCGUCAUCAGUGACCAGAGAUACCUAUACCCCAGUACGAUCGUCAAGCGAGACGUGGCAGAUUGACGGGACACCUCCAUCAUAUUCGACGGGUACUACACCUCCAUCCGGUUCUCGCCCACGAGGCAUUAUCGACCGGAAGUCACAGAGCCACAACGUUUCCAUCGCUGCAUCGCCGGACCAGCAAUUCCAGUCGCGCGGCGGAUUUGGAUCUGUGUUGGCGUCAUCACUCUCCCGGUCAUUCACUUUUGGACCGUCGUCAGCAUCGCCUCCGGUAGCCAACAAGAAGAAACCCAGUCCGGGAGAGAGCCCAGGCGCUGCCGCGGGUCAAGGGGUAGGGUCCACCACCAACAGACCAGCGAUUUCCAGCUAUCUAACCAAUUCCACUACUAUCACCUCACAGACCUACUCCGACACCGAGAGCGAAAGACCCUCUCAACCGACCAAACCAUCUGGGAGAUUCAAAGUCACCUUCAAAAACCAAAACGCCUUCAAUGGGGACAGCGCACCCGCAUCGGACUCCCUUCUUGACCGUAACAAAGAGUGGCUGUAUCGAUCGUACCGGGCCGCGUAUGCGGACCUGCUAUCAAUUUGGGACCUGCCCGUCCAGGCAAGUGAAGUCCUCAAGAUCGGUACGGUAGCUGAACACGAGGACGACUUGCACGCGAGCUCGUACUGGAACCGUCACGGCUCGGCCGUUACUGCGAUAUGGAAGGACAUGUCAGACCUGCAGGGUCUGGACUUCCAGCGCCACUGCAUGAGCUGUGGCCAUGCUCUACAGCUAUCCAUCUUCACCCCGCCAAGCGAGAAGACCGACUCAACCCGCUCUAGUCAUCAACCAGUCACUUCGCCAUCGUCUCCGAUAUGUCGGAACUGCAAGCCACGACAACCACUUCCAACCAGACUUCCCUGCGUUAUCUGCGCCGAAGUAGUGAACGGCAUGCUGGUCCCCUGUCUCAAUUGCGGCCAUGUAAGCUGUUUCGAGUGUCAUCGACAAUGGUUCCUCGCACCGGGCGAUCGAUUCGGCAGUUCCUUCGAGCAAAUAGAUUCCACCAAGACCCUACCCAGCUGUCCCACAGGGUGUGGCUGUAUCUGCUCCGAGCAUGUAACCACCGACGUUCCCAUGCCAACACGGAGAGAGCCUGAUGUUGUUGCACCCGCGAAUCCCAAGCAGGAACCUCCCUCCUCAUCUACUACUCGUCGCGACGAACAACCCGAUAAACGCUACAACCGCCGCAGAUCCGAGCCCGCACCCGUCGAUGGAGGUCCGGUGCAGCUAUCUAAACUCGGGGCAGGACCCUUGGAAGAUGACCUCGAUCUGUGGCAGGAGGCGUCCCCCUUUGCGUCGCUGGCUCGGGGACUGGGCGGUGGUCUGAGUCGCGGAUUGCGCACAACUGAUGAACGACGGAAGUCGAAAUCUGGAUCUCCCGUUGCGGCUUCGAGGCGUACGUAA